AUGUGGAGUGAUGCCACUCCGAGCUCCUCUCGAAAUCUCCGGCAAAUCAAGCUCCGGCCCCACGUGACCAUCUCCAAGUAUCUUGUGAGGGGACGAAUCCCCUCACUAUUUGCCGUUCCCAUUUCAAACCACCAGAGAGCGAUUGGGAUUUUCACCCUGAUCUCAUUCCAGAAUCAUGCGGCCAUGUUCAAGAAGGCUAGCCUCUCUAGUUAUGGUGGCAUUCUGCUCCUGAGUUCGUCUACCACGACUUUGCCACCUAGUCGCGCGAGCUUCAAUGCCUCAUGUCCUGGACUAUGGACAACCCGGUCUAAUCGAGGCUAUGCAACCGCAGCGGAUCCCUCGGUUCGCCCGUAUUCCUGGCCCUCAAGCUCAUCUUUUACACCAUAUGAAGUUCUCAACCUCCACCGCAACGCUCCGUACUCAAAAGCUCGGUACUACGACCUGGUAAAGAUCUACCAUCCAGACCGGACCUGCGACGAGCACCCUCUCUGUCGAAACAUCUCUCCUGAAGUUCGGCUACAGAGGUAUCGAAUAGUGGUCACUGCUCAUGAGAUCCUCUCCGAUCCGACCCGGCGAGCUGCCUAUGAUCAGACGGGUGCUGGGUGGAGUCACAACCCUAAACGCUACAACACCGUGGCCGAUGCUUCUGCCGAUUGGGGACCCUAUGGGCCUACAAUCUAUGCAAAUGCGACGUGGGAGGACUGGGAGCGAUGGAAUAAUCGCCAUCAGGGAAAACAACAGCACGUCGUUGACCAACGUACUUUUACCCGACUGGUCAUUCUUCUCGUUUUGUUCGGCGGUGCGGUCCAGGCUUCCUGGAUCGGACAAUUGAAUUCAGGACACGAGCAGCGUUUGCGCGAGGUAAGCGAAGAUUCGAUGCGAUUCUUGACGGGCCGUCGACAGCACACGGUUGCUCAGAUGCCGCACAAUGAUGCUCGAGUGCAGAGUUUCCUGAUUCGUAGAGACCCGACCGGAUCGGGUCUGAAGGAAGAAGAGGAGGCCGUUUAUCAGAAGGAACUCCAUCCUUUGCGGGAAGUGCCUGACAUUGAAAAGGCGCAAGAUCGCCUAAGCAGUCCGGAGACUGUGGAGACGGCACCACUAGUUCAUGCCAAGAGAUCAGAGGAUCUCCCUCCACAACCCUGA